CGAAUCUUUGGGAGAGCGGGGCGGGGAACUUUACUUGGUUAUAUAGACGGGGGUCGCACUAUACACGCGUUCAGUUCUUCUUCAAAUUCUGAACACAAUAAAAGAGAGUCAACAUGGUUGAGUGGACAGAACAGGAACGCGCCAUCAUCAGCGGUAUCUUUGGCAGCCUGGACUAUGACGACGUCGGCCCUAAAUCUCUGUGCAGGUGCCUGAUUGUCUACCCCUGGACCCAGAGGUAUUUCGGCGCCUUCGGCAACCUUUACAAUGCUGAAGCCAUCAAGAGCAACCCGAACAUCGCAGCCCACGGCAAAACUGUGCUGCACGGUCUGGACCGGGCCCUGAAGAACAUGGACGACAUCAAGGGCACCUACGCCGAGCUGAGCGUGCUGCACUCCGAGAAGCUGCACGUCGACCCCGACAACUUCAGACUGCUGGCUGACUGCCUGACCAUCGUCGUCGCCGCCAAAAUGGGAUCCGCUUUCACACCUGAUGUGCAGGCCGCAUUCCAGAAGUUUCUGUCUGUUGUGGUGUCCGCUCUGGGAAGGCAGUACCACUAAACACGAUUCAAAACGACACCAAAAGAAGGCCUGGAGUCUGUGAGGUGUCUUUUAAAUAAAGAAAUAAAGGCAAACUGAAGCAAAGUUCA